CUGACUUGUUGGGGUCUGGAGUCGGAACUCUGGAGUCUGGAGUCUGGAGUCUGGAGUCGGAACCGGGUGAGUCUGGAGUAAGGACUGAUUAUUGCCUUUGUGUCAUGAGACGGGGUUCUCACGCACUUCCACGCCGGCUACUGAUGCGACGUCUGCCAUCUGCCCACGCCUCCUCAUUCAUCGAACACUGCCACGACUGUCUCCAGAACAGCAGCACGAGCACGAGCACAAUGACAAGGACAAGCAGAAGUAGGAAGAUGAAGGAGACACCUAGCCGGAGUCCUGAUCCUGGCCCUGGCCCUGGCCCUGGCGCAUCAGUUGUGUCCCCGACCGCCGCUCGUCGCUAACUGCUUGCAGGCACUGGCCCUGGCUGUCUCGUGCCGUUUCUUACUUGGUCUGGUCGAUGCUAAGGUAAUACUCGCUGGGGAGGAAAUCUGGCUGUGCCCAUCGU